GAUAUCCAAAUUUGUGGAACAUUGAGAGAUGUUCUUUGAAUAUUCUUUGUUUAUUUACAACCAGCCCGUUUGGAUUUUCUCCGAGCAAAAUUAUCAGGCGAUAUCAGGCCAAGAAAUCACUUUUUGUGCUCUUUGUCAAAAUGGGAUGUGAUGGUGGAACUAUUCCUAAAAGGCAUGAGUUGGUGAAAGGCCCAAAGAAAGUUGAGAAGGUUGACAAAAAUGCAGCGCUUGCUGCUCGGUGGAAGUAUUGUGCUCUCAGUACGGAGAAACUCCGGCGCCCAAUUGUUACUUGUGAUCUGGGAAGACUUUACAACAAAGAUGCCGUGAUUGAGUUCCUUCUGGAUAAAUCCGCAGAUAGACCCAACAGUGAGGUUGUAUCACACCUUCGUGGCAUUAAGGAUAUAAAGGAGCUGAACCUGACUGACAACCCAGCCUGGGAAGGCGAGAGGAGGAACACCAAAGGGGACCGCUACGAGGACAUGCACUGUGCCAUGUUCAUCUGUCCUGUGGUGGGCCUGGAGAUGAAUGGCAAACAUAGGUUCUGUUUUCUGCGUACCUGUGGUUGUGUGUUUUCCGACCGGGCCCUGAAGGAAGUCAAGACUGAGAUAUGUCACAAGUGUGGCGACCCUUUCAAAGAAGAAGACCUCGUCGUCCUCAACGGGACCAAGGAGGAGGUGGAGAAACUGAGGGAGAUAAUGGAGGAGAAGAGAGCCAAGGCCAAGGCAACAAAGAAAAUCCAGACUCCACCGAAACCGUUUUUGCAGAGGGCAAAACUUCAACAGAAAAUGGCGAAGACCGCAGCCAGCCAGCAGUCCCUGGGCCCUCUGGUUCUUCCAGCUCCUCCAAGGUGGUCAAACCCUUGGCGGCAUCCGGAAGCUUGGCGGCAUCCGGAAGCUUGGCGGAAUCCGGGAGCAAGAGGUCCAUCCAGUCCAUGGAAGAGAAGUCAGAGACCUACAAAUCUCUCUUCACCAGCCACAGUUCAGCCAAGCGCACCAAAGCCCAGACGUCCAACUGGGUCACCCACACCCCCUACCACUUCUAAAUUACCUCACCAUCCCUUAUCACCCCCCCACAACCAGGUGCUCCUGUGUAUUUGCAGUGAGAAACACUUUGAGGUAACCCUUUAUUUGAAGGGUACCUAAAAAUAAAGUCAUUUAUAAUCUAAACUUAAUGCAUUCAUGAGCACAUGCCCGUUUCAUAAAUGCUUAUGUCAACAACGGCAAGUUGAAAUAUGCAGUAAAAGUGCACAUUUCUGUGACAGGGGGAAUAUCAACUUGACACUGCUUAUGAAUGUGUUGUAUGUAGGUGAUGGAGCUCUUAUGGUGGUGUCAUUUUAAUAAAGUGUUACUGAAUUAGACAUGACUUUUUCUUGUAGGUAUCCUUGGCUCAGGCUGGUGAAUCAAUACAUGUGCUAUAGGUUAGGGUUGCUAAUUUUCCUCUUCUUUUUUCUAUGAAUUGGCUGUAUUAUAUGAUGGUCUUAUCUAGGUUUAUCUAUCUAGUUGUUUUUUAUAGAUGUGGAUCACUAUUAUUCAUAUUUAGAUUAUGAUUUGCUAUGCAAUAUAUUAUAAAAAUGUUUUGAAAUUAUAUUACAAGGAUUUAGUUUAUAGAAAGUGGAAUAGUGAGUAUUUAUUCAUAACAUCUUAUUGUUUAUGUAAGUAAACACUGUUUAUACUCAGUAUUGACAUUUCUUCCACAUCAGCAAUCAAAAUAUAGAUUGAUAUAAACAUUUCAAUGUUCAUAUUUGAUUUUUAUUUAAACGGAUACCUUUUAAAUACUUUUCCCACGCUUGUUUGUUCAACCCUCAACCCAAACAAUGUCAAAAUAAAUUGUUUUUUCCCUAAAAA